GUGAAGACGGAGGAACGACACCGUACAGUACGCCCUAAUGUCCUAUGGCAGGAAGCGGCAGAGAUGAUAAUGAUUCCACAGGACAACAAUGAGAUUUAUUUGACAUUUGCUACCUACCCGCCGGAAUACCUUGAAUACUUCAAGAGAGGCUCGGCCCUUCGACGAAAAAAGCUACUUCUCACGGUGGAAUAG